UUCCGCUCCAGCAUAAGCAAAAUUAUAACCCUGCACACUGACUUGCAUGCCAUUAUCAUAGCUUGGGUGCUCCUGCGUUGAGGGACUUCGCCCCCGGGACCGCGCUGACUGUCCGUGAAUGACAAAUCCCAAGGCAGGGUUGCACAGACAGCUGGACUUCCCUACUUUCGUGCAGCAGAGGGAGGGAACAGAGAAUGAAAGAUUCUGAAAAUAAAGUGUAAAGAUCUUUCAUCUCUGAGAUGGUGUCAGCUUGGCUGGAGUGAGGAUUGCCCGGAGAUCUGGUAAAGAAAGCUCUCUUGUGGGGGUUAUGUCUGUGUCCCGAGGAGCCUGGCAUUUGACUCACUGACUGAGCACGGGGAGCUCUGCCCUCAAUGUAGGCAGGUGCCAUCCACUCAGCCAAGGGCAAGCAGACAAUACUGAAUGACUGGAGGAUUUUAGGUCUUUGCCUCUUGGAUCCGGGGUUCACAACUCUUCCUUCCUGGGCAUCAAUACUCCAAGUUUUGACUUCAGGACUUAACGCCAGAAGCCUACUGUCCUCAGGACCUUGAUCUCCCAUUGAGAGCGGUACCGUUGCUUCCCUUGUUCUGAGGCCUUAGUGCUUGGACUGAGCCACAGCGUAGUCUUCGCAAGGUGCCUCCUCUCCAGACAUGGAGCCCAGCUAUGGGGGAGGCCUUUUUGACAUGGUAAAAGGUGGUGCCGGGAGGCUAUUCAGUAAUCUGAAGGACAACUUGAAGGACACCCUCAAAGACACAUCCUCUCGAGUCAUCCAAUCUGUUAGCAGCUACACAAAGGGAGACCUAGACUUCACUUAUGUCACCUCCAGAAUUAUCGUGAUGUCCUUUCCUCUGGACAACGUUGACAUAGGAUUCAGGAAUCAGGUGGAUGACAUCCGGAGCUUUUUGGAUUCCAGACAUCUUGACCAUUACACAGUAUACAACCUGUCACCCAAGUCAUACCGAACUGCCAAGUUUCACAGUCGGGUCUCAGAAUGCAGCUGGCCCAUCAGGCAGGCCCCAAGUCUACACAACUUGUUUGCUGUGUGUCGGAAUAUGUACAACUGGCUACUGCAGAAUCCCAAAAAUGUCUGCGUUGUCCACUGCUUGGAUGGACGGGCCGCGUCAUCAAUUCUGGUUGGUGCUAUGUUCAUUUUCUGCAAUCUCUACUCUACUCCUGGCCCUGCUGUUCGAUUGCUCUAUGCAAAACGACCAGGAAUUGGACUGUCUCCGUCCCAUAGGAGGUACUUGGGCUACAUGUGUGACCUACUUGCAGACAAGCCCUACCGCCCUCACUUCAAGCCACUCACGAUCAAGGCAAUCACUGUCAGCCCAAUUCCCUUCUUCAAUAAGCAGAGAAAUGGGUGUCGCCCCUACUGUGAUGUACUGAUUGGAGAAACUAAAAUAUAUUCCACAUGCACGGAUUUUGAACGGAUGAAAGAAUACCGAGUCCAAGAUGGGAAAAUCUUCAUCCCCCUGAACAUCACAGCUCAAGGUGAUGUCAUUGUUUCUAUGUACCACCUGCGAUCAACCAUCGGGAGCCGGCUGCAAGCUAAGGUGACCAACACACAGAUAUUCCAGCUCCAGUUUCAUUCUGGAUUUAUACCACUGGACACGACAGUUUUAAAGUUCACCAAACCCGAGUUGGACGCAUGUGAUGUACCAGAAAAAUAUCCUCAGCUGUUCCAAGUGACACUGGAUAUAGAAGUGCAGCCCCAAGACAAAGUGAUCGACUUGACUCCCCCAUGGGAGCACUACUGCUCAAAAGAUGUGAACCCCAGCAUCCUCUUUUCCUCUCAGCAGGAGCAUCAAGACACUCUGGCCUUAGGAGGUCAGGCUACAGCAGAUCUCCCUCCAGACCAUCCCAGGAAUGUCGGGCAAGGUGGCUUCUUUGCCUCCCUCUGUUGGCAAGAUCAGAAAUCAGAAAAGUCGUUCUGCGAGGAGGACCACGCUGCCCUGGUGAAUCAGGAAAGUGAGCAGUCGGAUGAUGAACUCCUGACCCUCUCGAGCCCCCACGGCAACGCCAAUGGAGACAAGCCUCACGGAGCCAAGAAGCCCAGCAAGGAGCAGGAGCCAGCAGCCCCUCCUCCCCCGGAAGAGGUGGACCUCCUGGGCCUGGAAGGGUCCGAAGUGAGCAGGAACUUCUCCCCGCUGGCAGCGCCUCCCAGCAAUUCCGAACUGCUGAGUGACCUGUUUGGGGGUGGAGGUGCCACAGGUCCUGCCCAGGCAGGGCAGGCUGGGGUAGAAGAUGUCUUUCAUUCUAGUGGACCCGCGUCAGCGCAAUCCACACCACGCCGCGCCGCCACCUCCGCCUCUGCGUCACCAACCCUAAGAGUGGGAGAAGGUACCACCUUUGACCCUUUUGGAGCUCCUGCUAAGCCACCAGGUCAGGAUUUGCUGGGCUCCUUUCUGAACACAUCCAAUGCUUCUAGCGACCCUUUUCUGCAGCCCACCAGAAGUCCUUCCCCUACAGUGCAUGCUUCGAGCACACCUGCUGUGAACAUCCAGCCAGAUGUUGCUGGAGGUUGGGACUGGCAUACCAAACCAGGGGGUUUUGGAAUGGGAAGCAAAUCAGCCGCCACCAGCCCAACAGGCUCAUCACAUGGCACCCCUACCCAUCAGAGCAAGCCACAGACUCUGGAUCCCUUCGCUGACCUAGGGACACUAGGUAGCUCUUCCUUUGCCAGCAAACCUACCACACCAACUGGACUAGGCGGAGGGUUUCCACCUCUCAGCUCACCGCAGAAAGCAUCCCCCCAGCCGAUGGGUGGAGGGUGGCAGCAGCCCGCGGGCUAUAAUUGGCAGCAGGCGCAGCCUAAGCCGCCAUCCGGUAUGCCUCACUCCUCCCCACAGAACCGACCCAAUUACAACGUGAGCUUCUCAGCUAUGCCUGCGGGACAGAGCGAACGUGGGAAAGGAUCUUCUAAUUUAGAAGGGAAACAAAAGGCUGCUGACUUUGAAGACCUGCUUUCUAGUCAAGGGUUUAAUGCCCACAAAGACAAGAAGGGGCCUCGGACAAUAGCUGAGAUGAGAAAGGAGGAAAUGGCUAAGGAAAUGGAUCCUGAGAAAUUAAAGAUCCUGGAGUGGAUAGAAGGCAAAGAACGAAACAUCAGAGCCCUGCUCUCCACGAUGCACACGGUGCUGUGGGCCGGGGAGACCAAGUGGAAGCCGGUGGGCAUGGCCGACCUGGUAACACCAGAGCAAGUGAAGAAAGUGUACAGGAGGGCUGUGCUGGUGGUGCACCCUGACAAGGCUACUGGGCAACCCUAUGAACAAUAUGCAAAGAUGAUUUUCAUGGAGCUAAACGAUGCCUGGUCUGAAUUUGAAAACCAAGGCCAGAAGCCCUUGUAUUAAUCUGUGGGCUUUUUCUAUGCUGGCUGCAGCCCUGUGUUAAUGCUUAGUGUGUAUCACAGUUCUGAGAUUUUCACAGAUGAACCAAAAAUUCCAGUAAUGUAUUUCGAGUCCUAAACUGUUAAGUUCCUCACAAAUUCAUUUCUCAUGGUCAGGAAUGUGAAAGUUUGGUUUCUUAAAGUCCAUAGCACCAAGAGGAACUCUAGCAAGCUGACCUUGCAGAGUUAGGACGUUCCUGCUUGCCCUCUGGGAAGCCUCCUCAGCAUUUUGCCUGGGGAAAUGGGGCAGAGGCCACCCAAGUGGAAGUCAUGACAUCCAUUUCAUUGUCCGAGAUUACGAUUUAUGAGUGGAUGUUUUGAUAAUUGGAUUACGUAAUGGUUUUAAGGAAUUAAUUUAGGGAUAUUUUUGUUUGCGUUUUAUUUUUAAAAGAUGUAAUGUGGGCAAUGGAUAUCACCAACUGAGUAUUUCUCAAUGGAAAUUCACUAGAGCCCUUACCUCCUUUAGAGUGUGUAUUUUGCUCUAGAGAGUUAACAAUGAAAGAAGGGGCUAAAUGGUGGGAUAUGAUCUUGCAGGUCUAGGCAUUACCCCUGACUUUUCCGGGAUGAGCUGCAAACCCAAGCACGGGAUAGCUAAAGAAACCUGGAGCUUUGAGAUGUCAAAGCUCGACUUCCUGUCACAGAUGUUGGGCUGCUGGCUCCCUUUCCCUUAAAAAAAUCUAUGGUUGACUAUAGGCAAACCUCCAGACACUCCCACCACCGCCACAACUCCAAACUGGUUUGAAAGCGCCUUCUAAUGGCUCCCACCUGGCUUAGUGUUCUUUCUUUUGCUUAGUCAAGAAAACCUUCUUCAUGGGCGACUGUUUGGAAGGCAGGUUUGGCCCAUUCACAGUUGGAUGGAUCUGGUGUUCUGGGGGUUUGUAAGGAGCUAUGGGUAAAGCAGAGAGGACAACGCUAAGUACUAGUAGGAGAAGGGCUCCCUUGGGGAGAGAGCUGCGUGUGCCUUCAGAUUCAGUCGGAUAGCUUGCCAGUUUGGGAGACCAGAUUCCCACCCACCCAGUGAAUCUGGACCCCACCCCCUUCCUGGAUUACAUCUGCUGGGUUUGCUGUUGGAUGCCUGUAGUGGGGAAAUAUGCAAGAAUGAAGCUUUCGCAGAGCUACAGCUGGUCAUGUUUCAGCCCAGUGUUCAGUGCUUCCUGCUCUGCAGGGUAAGCAGCUUGGACGGCUGGGACUUCACUAGGUCUCCUGGUGAGCACAUGUGCAGCAUCUGUCUAUCCAUACAUGCAUGUGUAGAUGUAUGCUGUGCACAUGCGUAGUCACAGAGCAGGCGGUCCAAAGACAUUCGUUCUAAUCUUAAAAAGGUCACACUCGCUGUUGUGAAAAGCUUUCCAAAAGUUGCUUUUCGAAGACAAUCAUUUUGUUUGUUUGUUUCUGUUUAAAUAUUCUUGUGACAAACGGAACCAGAAAGGCAGCAUGUCGGAAAUACUUUUGUUCUGUAUAGAUCUCUCUCCUCUCUCUCUCUCUUUUUUUUAAAUUAUAAAAGUUCUUCUUUUUAUUUUACCGUUUACUGAUAAUGUGAAAUUCUCAAAAAAAAUGCUCUCUUAUAAAUAUACAGCUGUAAACUGUUCAAAGUAACCAUAACAACCUAGGUGUUAUUUAUUGACGUAUUAAACAAUGAUGUCUUACCCAGUAUGUGCUUGUCCUAUUUAAGAUUGGGAUGUGAGACAUGUUGAUGUGACCUGUUUUGGUUUUGUUGAGCUUUUUGUUUUUUUCCUUCAUUCACAUUUGUAGAUAUUGUGUGAACUACAGUAAAUAAUGACAAUAAUUAAGAGGAUAUUAUGUGGCUGUCACGUACAUUUUGAGACAAUAGAACUAUAUUAGCUUUGUAUUAUGUUUGCAUAGCUCAUUAAUGUUCAUGGUUCCAAUACCACUAAAUGUUAUGCAAUUAGCAAUGAGAAAGAACCCCUCCUUAAGCCUGGGGGUUUCCCACCUCUCUUUCCCAGAUGCAUUAUGAGUCUGGACGCCUGUCUGUCUCAGAACUUUUAACACGUGCAGACCGGUAGGUUCUGCAUGCCUUUUAAGUACCUGGUUGUGACAGCUUGUUGUUGGUCGGACCCACUGUCUCAUCCAUAUUUAUUGUAAUAUAUUUUUGUUUUGUAAAUACGGUAAACACAAAAUGUCAUUGUUCUAAAAUAUUUGUAAUGUAUAUUAAAAAGGAUAAAAAAUACUUGUGGAAAUAUACGUUAUUUUUGU